AUGGCGGAUUCAAAAUCUAAGAAACCUGCAAACAACUCAGACGAUAUAGAGCACCUCAAGUCUGACAUAGCGUCUUUCGCUUCCUCCCUCGGCCUCGCAACCUCUCUCCCACCAUCGUCUUCUUCAGGCUUCAACGAUGUUGAUUUUCGUAAACCUGGUCCCAGAAAACCCCAAAAGAAGCCAAAACCAGCUCCAAACCAAAAACCCACAAAAAACCAGAAGCCAAAUAACCAGAAUUUCAAAUCCAAUGAAAAACCCGAUUCAUCGAAGCCGAAACUCACUCUUUCUUCACUGGAAGACAACACCAACAAGGAGAAAGCAAAGAACUUUGAGAAGUUCAAGAACCUUCCGAAGCUGCCAUUGAUAGCAGCUAGCAACUUGGGAGUGUGGUAUGAAGAAGCUGAGGAAUUGGAAAAGAAAGUGCUUGCGAAUGGGAAGAAAGCGGAGGUGAGGAAUGCGGAGGAGUGGAAGAGUGUGGUGGCCAAGAAGAGAGAGCUUGGAGAGAGGUUAAUGGUGCAAUACGUAGCUGACUAUGAGUCGUCGAAAGGGAAGAGUGGGGAUAUUAAGCUGUUGCUUACCACACAGAGGUCCGGGACUGCAUCCGAUAAGAUAUCGGCGUUCUCUGUCUUGGUUGGGGACAAUCCCAUUGCCAAUAUGAGGUCUCUUGAUGCACUUAUAGGAAUGGUGACAUCAAAAGUGGGAAAGCGAUAUGCAUUCGCAGGUUUUGAAGCAUUGAGAGAAUUGUUUCUUGCAAGUUUAUUACCUGAUCGUAAGCUUAAGAGCCUCUUACAGCGGCCAUUAAAUAAUGUUCCUGAGACAAAAGAUGGUUAUUCUCUUCUACUUCUAUGGUAUUGGGAGGAGUGCUUGAAACAAAGGUAUGAACGCUUUGUUUUUGCUCUCGAGGAAGCAUCAAGAGAUAUGUUACCUGAACUGAAAAACAAGGCAUUGAAGACUAUAUAUGUGUUGCUAAGGAAUAAAUCGGAGCAAGAGCGAAGAUUAUUGUCUGCAAUAGUUAACAAACUGGGAGACCCUAAAAAUAAGGGGGCAUCUGAUGCUGAUUUUCACUUAUCAAACCUUUUGUCUGAUCAUCCAAACAUGAAGGCAGUGGUGAUUGACGAGGUGGACUCUUUCCUCUUUCGGCCACGUUUGAGCCCACAAGCAAAAUAUCAUGCCGUUAACUUUUUGAGCCAAAUGCGUCUAACUCAUAAAGGAGAUGGGCCGAAGGUGGCAAAACGUUUAAUAGAUGUUUAUUUUGCACUUUUCAAGGUACUGAUUACUGAGGCUGCUGGUGGUGAAAAGAUGGAUAAAAGUGGAAAAGCAGGGGUUAAGAAACCACUCAGUUCUCUUGAGGAUAGCAAAGUGGAGAGUUCAUUAGAUUCUCAUGUUGAAUUGGAUUCACGCCUUCUAUCAGCUCUACUGAUGGGAGUCAAUAGAGCAUUUCCCUUUGUCUCAAGUAAUGAGGCUGAUGACAUUGUCGAGGUCCAAACACCAAUGCUUUUCCAACUGGUUCAUUCUAAGAAUUUUAACGUAGGAGUUCAAGCAUUGAUGCUCCUCGAUAAGAUCUCAUCGAAGAAUCAAAUCGUCAGUGAUAGGUUUUACAGAGCCUUGUAUUCAAAACUACUACUUCCAGCUGCCAUGAAUACUUCCAAGGCAAAAAUGUUUAUUGGACUUCUUCUGAGAGCAAUGAAAAAUGAUGUGAACCUGAAGCGUGCAGCUGCUUUUGCAAAGCGUGUACUGCAGGUUGCCCUUCAGCAGCCGCCUCAAUAUGCAUGUGGAUGCCUCUUCCUCCUCUCAGAAGUUCUUAAAGCAAGACCCCCCUUAUGGAACAUGGUGCUCCAGAAUGAGUCAGUUGAUGAUGAACUUGAGCAUUUUGAAGAUGUUCAGGAAGAAACUAAUGAUAAACCCACCCCUGUCUCAGAGAAACAAGAACUUGAUGUUGAGCUUGCUCACAGCAGUGAUGCUGCCAAUUCUGAUCAUGAUUCUUCAGAAGAUGAUAAUGACUCUCCUGCCUCUUAUUCUGAAGAUGAAGGCUCUGAUGAAGCAGAAGAGUUUCUUGUGGGAAAUGAUUUAACAAACUCCAAACCGCCUCCUACUCUUAAUGGGCAACCACCACAAGUACCGUCUGAGAGGUCUUGGCUGCCUGGAGGCUAUGAUCCACGGCGCAGAGAGCCCUCUUAUUGCAAUGCAGAUCGUGUGAGCUGGUGGGAGCUGACAGUACUUUCUUCACAUGUGCACCCUUCAGUUUCUACCAUGGCAAAGACGCUACUCUCUGGGGCCAAUAUUGUCUACAAUGGAAACCCUCUGAAUGACCUAUCACUUACUGCUUUUCUGGACAAAUUUAUGGAGAAGAAACCAAAGCAAAGUACAUGGCAUGGUGGUUCACAAAUUGAACCUGCGAAAAAGCUUGACAUGACGAACCAGUUAAUUGGACCAGAGAUUCUCUCAUUGGCCGAGGAAGAUGUAGCCCCGGAAGAUCUUGUCUUCCACAAGUUCUAUAUGAAUAAGAUGAAUUCUUCAAAGAAACCAAAGAAGAAAAAGAAGAAGAAAGCAACAGAAGAUGAUGAAGCUGCUGCAGAUUUGUUUGACGUAGAUGGUGGCAAUGGUGAUGACAGUGAUAAUGAAGAGAUUGACAGCAUGCUGGAUUCUGCUGGCCUUUCUACUGAAGCAGAUGGUGACUACGAUUACGAUGAUCUUGACCAAGUUGCCGAUGAAGAUGAUGAAGACUUAGUUGCUGAUGUCAGUGAUACCGAGCUGGACCUGCCAUCGGAUAGUGGGGACGGAGAAGAUUUUGGAGAAGAUUUUGAUGCCGAUGCAGACAAUGAUCCAAGUGACGAUGAUGCUAUUGAUAUUGAUAUAGGGGAUGCAGACGACGGCAUGGACGGGGAUGAAGAGGAGGAGAAUGAUCAAAGGAAAAGCAAACGGAAGCGCGGGAAGUCGGCAGCAUCCCCCUUUGCAAGUCUUGAAGAAUAUGAGCAUUUGCUAAAUGAUGCUCCUGCUGAAAAGAAAUCUAGAAGGAAGAAACCCAAGUCUCGGAAGAAGAGAAAAUCAUCCGACUAA